AUGGGAGCGCAGGUUAACGCGGCCGAACUGCUUCAGCAAGCUCUCAGCUCAAACAUCAUACCCAAUCAAGAGUUUUUAUUGCAAGGAUCUAUUUUGGAUUCCGCUGCCGAAAACUUGCUACACCGAUUACGAGGACUUUGUGAUAAUGUUGAUGCCAGUCCGGAAACAUUUAGUGACAUAGAAAUGUGUUUUAGCCUGAAACUUCCGACUGAAAAGGUUCCAGUGAUGACCGUCCGUGUACGACGUGCUCAGGAUGUUGAAGCUCCACUUCAGUUGCGAUACAUAGGCCAACCUGAAUUAGGUGAUCGGACAAGACCUACGCUGGUCAGGAGCAGUCUAGACAUAGCCUGCACGCCUCACGUAAUUGAUUUUUUAACCGAAAUGGGAUUUCGUCUGGAUUUUGAGUAUUCCACCAAGGGGUACAUGUUUCGCAAAGGUCGAAUGAAAAUCACAGUGUCGAAAAUUCUCAAAAACAUGUCUGAACCGAUUUCGCAGAGCUAUUUGGUGGAACUGUCCGUUUUAGCACCUAAGGGCCAGGAUGCGAUCGCUGAGGAUAUGCGAAUUUUUGCCGAACAGCUAAAACCCUUAGUACAGCUAGAAAAAAUUGAUUAUAAGCGUUUCGCUCAAAUGCCCUAA